CCACAGUAUAUUCAAUAGCGAUAUGUUGGAGGUGCGGCCACGCGCGGCUCAUUUGGGCGACGUCGGCGUCGGAAAUGGACAGGACCCUGCUCCAGCAGGCGAUCUCCAGGUGCUCCAGGGCGUGCAGGUCAGCGAGGGGCGCGAAGAUGUUGAAGAACGCGGCAUAGAAGAGCUCGCCGUUCACUCCAAUGGUUCCCCACUCCGGGGUAUGGUUAAGGACGAGCCGGCGUAGCGAGGACGCGUUUUGCUUCCAAGGGAACGUAUUGAGAAGUGCAGGGACCUCGGUCCGGAAGGUGGAUGGGCUACUGCUAAUGUUGACAUCCUGCAGCGAGGUCGAGCUGAUGGAAGAGAGGAUCUCGGCAGCCUGAGGGGGUGGCGCUCGGAGUUCUAGCGUGCGCAGGGCGGGGAAGGCACUGGCGGUAUACACCUGGCCGCCUAUGCCCGACAUACUUCGGCGUUCCUUUGCGCUUGUCUCGCACGAAAGGAAUAGGCAUUCCAGUCUCUUGAGGGCGCCUGCUUCGUAGAUCAUGGAUCGACAACGAGACCACGAGAGCGCAAGAUGCAGCAUACGCAAUCUGGGGAAGAGGCUCAGGGGCAAAUUGUGGGUGAACGAUCUAGCAUCUGCGCGGAUGCUCAAGCGCUGUAUGCCGCCGCACGAUUCCGAUAUGGCCUUCAAGUCGUCCAAUAUGUGCGCGCUGAACGGUCGUCGUAGUAUCCCAUUGUACACCGAGAUAGUCGACAGGGUAGGGCUUAUAAGAGCAUGGAGAAGCCGUGUUUGAACGCGAUUUCCGCGCGGUUCGUUGAAUAUGAUGGACCGGAGAGUGGGGAGGAUAGGCACCCCCGCGUUCGCAUGCAGGAGAAGAGGGAUGUACGGCUCUUCGAAAAACGCUGCACGGGUGUUCCUGAGGUUUAUACACCGUACCCUGCGAACGCAAAUUUUCCACCUCUCCCACUCCGCAGGAGUUGGCUCUCUUUCAAGGACGUGGUUUGAGAUGGGGGAGAGUUUUAAAAACUCGUCAACUUCGCGAGCCUUUAGGAGCCCCGCAGUCUUAUGACAUCCCGGGAAAGGAUAGAAGAGAGGGUGAAGGCCGGGGUAUAGAACUCGCCAAAGGACACUAGACGCGGGCUCCGUGAAGUCUUUGC